UUCAACGUUCAUAUUGUUUUUAUUGUUUUCUUAUAUUCAUUCAAAAUGAUAUUUUUUAAGCAUAGUUUAAUAACGUUUACAAUUCUAGUAAUUGCAAUUUGGGUUAUGCCUGCAGCUACUUCAGAAGAUAAAGAACAAACGUUCAAAGAGUCUUGUGAAAGUAUUCUAAGCAUUAUCGGAUUCAAAGAUUCAUAUAAGGAUUUCAACACUAAACAAUUUAAAAAAUUUGUGUUGAGAUACCAUAACAUUUUGAGAGAUGCUACUCCGGUUUCUAACUUCUGUCAAUCUACAAUUAAAGAAAACAGGAAUUAUUUAAAAAAUAUUUUUGAUUUAUCAAAAUUAUUUAUCAUAAAUGGAAUUUAAUAUAACAAUACAUUAAAUUGAUUCUAAUUGUAUUUUUGGUAACUACCAACAUGGAUGAACAUAUUGAAACAUUUUCACUAUUUUACAGGCCCAGUAAUUUUUAAUUUUUAUUAUAAUUAUUAUAUUAUAUUAUAAAUAUUAUUAUGGAAUUUUUCCUUACAUUAUUUACAAAAUAAAAAAUGUAUUUAUGAUGUGGGAUAGUAAAAACUAUUUAAAUAUUUUUGUCUUCCAGUCCUAAAAGACACAUUUCAUAUUAUAAUAAACCGCACAGAUUUUCUAUCUGCACAACUUUAUUGUAAUUAAAUUUAACUCUUUCCCAUGGAUCUUAUGAUUGCUAUUAUUAUUACUAUUUUUAAAUGUAUUUCCUCCAUUAUACACAUUUAUAUUAUAAUAUGUAUGCGUAUUGAUUAGUUAGCUAUGUCAUAC